AUGGGAUUCUGCAUAAUUAGAGGAGUUGGAGAGUUGUUGGUGAUUGUUUGGUUGUUUUACUGUGUUCAGUGUACAACGACAAGAUACUUUACCUACGAAGAGGAUGCGCCUGGGACAGAGAUUGGAAAUCUCUCUUGGGAUUUAAAGAUUGACCCAUCGGAAGACCCUGAGACAUCAUUCCGUUUUAUGCAAGAGUCAAACUCCUCUUUAAUUCAAAUGCGUGAGAUUGAUGGACUUCUAACCGUCGGGGAAACAAUUGACAGAGAGCAACUCUGUCCGCGCUCCCCCAGAUGCUUUGUCGCGUUUAAUAUUGUAGCUUUGUCAAAAGAAAAGUUUCAACUGAUUCACGUCGAGAUUGAGGUGAAGGACAUUAACGAUAACCCUCCUCAAUUUCUCCACAACGAGACAAAACUGGAGAUAUCCGAGAACGUUUCCUUGGAAUCCAGAUUUCCUUUGCCAAUAGCAGUUGACCAUGAUGUGGGAGGUAACUACAUCCAGAGUUAUCAUAUCUCUCCCUCGAGCAAUUUUGUCGUUGAUGUGCGCACGAGGGAAGAUGGAGUAAAGUAUGCAGAACUUGUGUUGGUGAAAAAACUGGACAGAGAAGUUGAGGAUUCAUAUACCAUCGAAGUGACAGCCACCGAUGGAGGGGAGCCACCCAGGUCUGGAUCAAUUACGGUGUACAUCACUGUACUGGACUUUAAUGACAAUAGCCCAACUUUUGAACAUAAUUCACUCACAGUUGAACUUUACGAAGACUCGCCUAUAGGUCAUCGCGUUCUGAAAGUGCACGCUUUUGACCCAGAUGCUAGCAUUAAUGGCGAGGUGAGAUAUGGCUUUGUCGAGGAUCCGACCUCUGACGUAUCGCGUGUUUUUAAUAUUGACCCCUAUUCUGGUGAUGUGACUUUGAGAGCCUUAGUUGAUUAUGAGAUCAAGAGAUCAUACGAGUUGAACAUCAAGGCCUCAGAUUUAGGCAUGCACUCUGUCCCUUCCACCUGCAAAGUUGUUGUGGACAUUGUUGACGUAAACGACAACCCACCAGAAAUUAAAAUCAAGCCAAUGACUUCUACAAGUGACGGGGUUGCUUUCAUUACGGAGUCCGCCGCGGAGGAGAGCUUUGUGGCCCUGAUCAGCACGUCAGACAGAGACUCAAGUUCAAACGGCUACGUCCGAACAAGCCUUCAUGGACACCAGCACUUCAAACUGCAGCAGGCUUAUGGAGACACAUUCAUGAUAGUAACUACUACUACUUUAGAUCGUGAAAGAAUCCCUGAGUAUAACCUUACUGUUGUGGCUGAAGACCUUGGAACCCCACCAUUCAAAACCAUCAAGCAGUAUACCAUCCGAGUUACUGACGAAAAUGACAAUGCUCCUCUGUUUAGCAAAUCAUUAUUUGAAGUUUCAGUCCUGGAAAACAAUAUCCCAGGGUCGUACGUAACCACAGUUGUUGCACGGGAUCUAGAUACUGGAAAAAAUGCUAAAGUCUCAUACAAACUCAUGGAUUCAGAGGUGACUGGAGGCGCAUCAAUUUUAACUUAUGCCUCUAUAGACCCAGCCACAGGGUCAUUGUAUAGUCUGAGAUCAUUUGAUUUUGAGACCCUUAAGCAGAUUGAAUUCACCAUCCAAGCAGAAGACCAAGGCUCACCUCAGCGAUCAAGCACAUCUACAGUCCGGAUCAAAGUUGUUGAUCAGAAUGACAACUAUCCCCGUUUCACUUUCCCUGUUUUGUUCAAUGACUCUGCUGAUGUUGCUCUGCCUUACAACGCACCCCUGGGAUAUCUAGCUCUAAGGGUCAAGGGUGAAGAUGAGGAUGAAGGUGUCAAUGCUGAACUCUCCUACCAUAUUGUACAGGGUAAUUCGAACGUCUUUGCCGUGAACAAAGACACUGGGGAGAUUGCUUUGAAACAGGGCCUGACUUCACAAAUUGGAGACGUGCUGGAAAUAAAGAUUACUGUGAGCGACAAUGGGAUGACCCCCCUUUCAACCACUGCCACUAUUAGGUUUGCUGUCACAGACUCACAGCCUUCUGAAGACCAGCUUGUCGUCAUGUUACCGUCGAGUGAUGAGGAGCGGUCCAGUUUGGAUGCUUCUCUCCUGGUUAUCGUUAUGCUCGGUGGGGGGUGUGCCCUGCUGCUGAUUGCCAUUUUGAUAGUUGUUGUCACGUGCAAGCUGAACCGAAAAAGAAGAAACCAGGGCUCCAAGAAGGAAGUGACUCGACGUCUGUUCGACUGUAGGCCUCUUCACGUGCAGAGACCGACUGAACCUAACAUGUAUGGUGGCCAGAGAGGUUGCUUCAGCAACAAGGCAAGCUCAUCGCUGGAGGAUUCUUGUCUCUAUGAAGAAAGGAGUGUAGACUCCGAGACAAAGAUAUUCCUGCCCCCUAAGCCGUUUCAACCAACUUCUGUGUGGCAAGGUGACAAAUACUGCCUGCAGCUAAGUGGCACUGGGAACACAGACCAGCUGAGCGUGAAGGACAGUGGCAAAGGGGACAGUGAUUUCAAUGACAGUGACUCUGACAUCAGCGGGGAUGGAGGAAAGAGGAACCUCAGUACAUUUCAGCCCUGGGCCAAGGGUUCACCCAAUGCUGCUAACACUCUGGCUGUGGAUUGGCAAGGCACUUACUGUGUAAUACCAACCCAGAGCUUUCAGGACUCAGGAGACAAUGCAUACACAAUAGGCUUUUCACAAGCACCAGUCUACAACAAUCCCAUUGGCUAUUCCCUCUCCUGGAAAGACUCUGGCUACAACACCAACUUUCCCAAACCAAGAAGCAGCUUGCAGACAUUCUCCAAGACAGGCACUCUCCCCUCCUACUUCUCCCAUCAGCAGAGCAAGUCAGCAGUUGGUGGAAGGCACAAGCACAAACCGGAAAUUGUUACUGUGGCAACAGAGUCUGAAGUUGCAACAAUUUUUUGACCGCCAUUCAACAUAACAAUGUAGGCAACUGUAGUAUUCACUUUAUUGUAUACUGAUUGAUGUGUUACAUGUAUAUACUUGAACACAUGCAUGUCACAUUCAUCAGUACAGUACUUGUAUAU